AUGGCCCCAAGCCCGCAGCACGUCCAGGAGGAAGAACUUCCACUGCCCGACCCUUCCGAAUCCGUGUUCGGCCGCCGGAUACCAGAAAAUGGCCCUGGAUCAGCCGUGUUUGAAGUGUCCUCGGGCGUGGCCACAGUGCCACAGCCCGACAAACGAGCACCUCUAGCGCCGCAACAGUUGUCCCAAGCCGAAAAAAUUAUCGAGUUACCUGCGGUUGCUGACCGACCCCGGCCUGGAGAAAGCGUUGAAGAGCACGCAGGAAAACCUUCGCAUGCCUCCGUCUCAAGAGUGCCACAUGUAACUCAGGCUGCACAGCAGAAGCCUGAGACUCCUCUGGGGCCGCCACCUCACCUGCUGGGCCAAAUUCCCGUACUCGUCGAAGCCACGCCUCCGCCAUCGGUAGGAAAUAGACACGGCGCUAGCACGAGGGAACCUACACCACCCCAGGCAAAUCCUGGUCCCGCUGCCGACCCCUUCACGGCUGUCUUCGAAGCCUUAAACCAGAAACUCACUAGCCAGCCUCCGUCGCGGCCCACGAGAUUCCCUGGACCUUCAGAUGACUACUACUACUAUUAUGACGACUACGAUGAUGACUACUAUUACUACGACUACGAUUAUCCACGCAGGCAAAUAGGGCCACAAAGAGGGCGCUUCCGCUUCCCGGCCACCAAUCCCCGCCAGCCAACCUUUGCAGGAGUCAGCCAAAGGAGAGUUCCUUUUGCCGCAGCCUCUUUGCCCAGACAACCUCCAGCUGGCCAGUACUGCCCCCACGACCAGCGCCCCGCCGCCCUCACACGGCCGGCACCAAGGGUACAGCCCCGGCCCAUCACUCCCCCUCCCUCGCUCUUCGCCACUCAAGCCCCCGUCCGCACGCCUGCUCGCCACGACGAGGCCCUCGAAGGAGCCCAAGUGCAGCCACACCAAGGGUUCCCAUCCAGGGCUGAGGCACAACUGCCACAACUGCCAUCGUCCCAGGGAGGUGCUCAAGUCCCCCUAGAAGCACCAGUCGCUCCGGGCCUACCGUCCUCGAAGCCAAACCCGACCUCGAGCACUGUUUUCAAGAUGACUGCCUCUCCUCACCCUUCAGAGGCACUUGGCCGACCUGAUGAUCCGCCUUCGACACUUCCCCCACGCCCAAUCCCGCCGCCAUCCUUGCAACAACAGCCUCCGCCACCACCGGCAAAAACUCGACCCCAAUUCCAAGAUACGGGUUCACCGAAAUCCCAGUCAGAGGAGCUAUCUGCGAGUGGUCCUCCGCUCAGGGCGCCAGAACUGCCUCCAUCCGAUCAAGGCGAGGCCCUCGAACCGCGUAUACAGGGCGCACCGGUCUACUUCCUGCCACCGGAGGCCACAUUGCCGGAACUGGCCACGCAAAUACGCCGUCGACGAAGGCCUGAUGCCCGCGUGGGAGGCCCUGAAGGCGGGUCUUGGCAAAACCAAACGCCCACUUCGUCGCCACAGGAACCACGCGAGGGACGAAAGGAUUCUCCGACGAGAGAGAGCACCAGUCCGCAGGAGGAGACAGCGAUUAGCCCGCCGGCCGGACCUCAGCCACCUCCAACCGCGGCCCGUCUCCAGGCACCACAGGAAAGCAUACCAGAGAGAGAUUAUCUGCACGAUAAUAAUGCAUUUUCUAGCCGCCACAAUAUAUCAGAGGACUCAGCGAUCCUACAAGGAGUGUCUCCAAGCAAGCGUUUUCCUGAGUCCCAAGACACAGACCCCCAGAGGCCUGAGAGAGGAAGGCGGCCCCAGUUCUCCCGUCUGCCUCUCGUAGGAUUCACAGGAGCUCAGGCCUUGGGGGAUUACGCUGAACCGGAGGACGCGUCGUCGCAGAAAGACGAGGCGACACCGCCAGGAGCCCCGGAGAUCGAGAGAGAAAUCCCAAACAGCCACGUGCAAGAGCAAGCAAACCGCCCUGCAGGAGCAACCCCACACGACUCCCCGCGAGGUGAAGGGCCCGCAUCUCCUCACGACGGAAUUCUCGAAGGGGCGGCGCCCUUUGACGAAAGCAUCAUCGCCAACCACGACGGGGAGAGCGUGCCCGAAGUGCAGGGAUGGCGCAAGGACCUCCCGUACCCUAACAUCACCAUCCCGGUGGAGUCCCCGGCGUUAUCGGGCCUUCCAUUUUACAUCAGCGGAAAGAAGGAUCUAGGACCCUUUUUCAUCGUCGCGCUGGACUAA